AUGACUCACGAGCUUCAGGUCGAGGGGGACAAGGUUGUCGAGCGCGACGAGCAGGGGAACGUGAUCUCCGAGAAGGACUACGCUCACGUCAUCCGCGGGUACAAGGCUGCGACGCACAACCCGCCCGUCUCGUCGGAGCACAAGAAGGAAGCCGCCGAGAUCCUCCACGACCUCGAGAAGGCUCACGGCGAUGCGCCGGAAGCCUCUGCCGGCGCCUCGACGUCGCCCAAGCACCACGGCGAGGGCCACAAGGGUCGCCCGCACAUCGAGAAGCAUGUCGCCGAGGGCGGCGAGCACGAGCACGGGCAUGCGAAGGCUGCGACGGGCUCGUCGGGCCCGGGAUCGUCGGCGGCGCACGAGGAGGAGGUGCACAGGCAUCGCGUCAUUGGCGGCCUCAAAGCCAACCUCCACCGCGACGACCGCUCGGAAGAGACGAAGGAGUCGAUUCGCGAGAAGCUCCACGAGAUGGGCGAGGAGGCCGACUGA